UAGUUCUUUCAUAAAAAGCCUGAUAAUAUGUAAUGCUUUUCUUUCCUGUCAAGCUGUUUCUAUGAUCUAUUGUUGUUUCUAUGCCUAUAUGUUGCAUUGUACAUGCGGCCUUUCUUGCAUUCCUUUUGCUGUGGUUACUUAAUGCUUGCAACCCUGUCAUCUUAUGUAAAUGUGUUGGGUGUAGAUUGAUAUACUAGUUCCUUCUCCAACUCUGUUCAGGAAGUAGCAAAAUGAGAAGAUUGAAGACCUAGGAAAUUUUUUAGCAUCUAGCUAUUAGAUUCAAAAGCACAAAAGUGACUCAACAAGGGUUCAUAUUAUCUCACUUGUGAAGGUUUAGAGGGGGAUGCAUUACCGCAUGCAUGCAUGUAUAUAUGUUUGCAUUAUCUGAAGCUUUACCAGAUGGUGAAUUAUAGCCUAAAGGUUCAGCCUAGAACACCUCACCCAUUGUAGUAACUUACAGCUUCCUACUUCCUACGCCAUCCAGAAUUUUAUUUUUGAACUUUGUAUUAUCAAACUUUGUAUCAUUUAUUGUUUUUCCAUUUUUCAAACCAUGUAUCUUUUUUCCUUCCACAUAUCAUGUUUUAGAAACUAUCAUAUGACUUGAAGGAUGUAGACUUCAUGAUGGUAUAUGCUUUUCACAAAUAACUCUGACGACGUUUGGUAGAUGUGGUAUAUGGAAAUACUUUCAACAAUAGAUUCUUCCUAGGUACUUCCAUAUCUAAAAUUAUGUUGGGAGCAUUACCUCACUUCUUCUGAAUCUGAAUUUGCUUUCACACUAGCUCAAAAUUCAUUCAGGCUACUAAGUUGUAGACAUGGUCGGGCAGAGGCUGAAAUUUGGGAAUUUGCUCUCAGGCUGAAGGUUCUACUGAUUACGUAUGGCACUGGACCUGAGCUGAUGGGUAGAAAUGCAGGUUGGGGUACUAUGAAUUCAGGUCUCUUAAUUUUUAUCAAAUCAGGGCAUGGGAACGCAUUUAAUUUGUUGCCACCGGCCUGCCAUUUGGUCUGUAUAAAUACUGGGUUUUCCAUUAAUCUCAUUCUUCGGGAACUGAUAAUUAUGUCGGAUGCCAUUAGUUGUAUUCUUUGUGGUCUCUGGUCAAGCUCCAUGAAUGAAAGUAAACGUGUACGACGAAUAAAAAUCAUGAAUCAGAUGACUCAAUAUUUUCAUGUUUACUUUCGAUUUUUUUAUUAUCUGACUAAUGUUUGAUUCUGUUUCUAAGGCAGCACUGACAAUUCUGGGGUCUUGUUUCUUGAUUCAGCUGUCUCUGCCCAUUAUAAACAUAUUGCGUUCCAAGUACAUCUUCCUGCUGUUCAUUAUGCUAGCUUUACAAAGGGAAAGAAAACAACAGAACUGCAGCUAUUGUGAUCUCCUUAACUUCUUAUGCAAUAAUAAGCCCAGCAACUGGCAUGAUUUCGAGUUGAGUCCAAAAUGUGGGCCUCCAAUACCGAGCGUAAUAAGCCCAGAAGUUGUCACUUCACGCCCCAAAGCUUAGAUUUUUUCCAGUGCAAGAUAAAUAUGCCCCGGAUUUAGGCCAGACUCAAGCCUCUUGUAGCCGUCGGCCAUCGCCACCAAGUCAACGGACGCCAAGGGAAGUCAAGCUUCUGCUGGAUCUCCUGCUCCUGUCGGCGACUGCGACGCCGAUGGCUCUCUGGAUGUUAAUGCGGGAGCUCGUAUCGCUGUCGAACCUCGUUGGCCCCCUCGCCGAGAAGGUCGUCGACGCCUGCGCCGACGGCCUCUCCUGGGCCUUCUCCUCUCUCUCCCGCCUUCUCGACGUCGAGGCCGACCUCGACAAGCUCCGCCGCACCGUCCGCCGUAUCCACGCCCUCCUCAAGGACGCCGAGGAGACCCGCUUCAUCGAGGACAGCCAGGUCCGCCUCUGGCUCUCCGAGCUCAAAGACAUCGCCUUCGACGCCGAGGACCUCCUCGACGAGAUCCGGACCCGGGUCCACGUCUCCAAGCUGCAAGCUUCUCGAAAGAGAAAGCAGCCUUGGCGCUCGUUCUCCGUCAACCCAGUUUGGCUCCUGAGCUGGAAGAUUUCACGAAAGGUCGCCGAGAUCUCGGAGAAGUACAGAGCCAUUGCCGAGGACCGGGAGAAUCUCCAUCUCAGGGAGGGCGAGUCCAGGAGGAAAGCCCAGGUUAGGGAAGAGCGCCUCCCUCCGGAGGCGGGCUCUCUCCAAGGUGAGCCCUUAAUCGUCGGCAUCGAUGAUAAGAAAAGGGAGAUUGUUCGGUUGUUGAUCUCGGGUGGGGGCGAUGACGUUGCCGUGGUUUCAGUAGUUGCAGCCGGAGGAAUCGGGAAGACGACGCUUGCUAGGCUUGCCUUUGAUGAUCAAGAAGUGGUAAAUUUCUUCCCUUUGAAGUUUUGGGUUGGUGUUUCUCAAGGAUUCGAUGUGAAGAAGACUACAAAAGAGAUUAUUGAGGUAAUGACUGAAGAAAGAUGUGAACCUUUGAACUUGGAGCUGCUGCAGCGCAGGCUUCAGCAGCUGGUGAGUGGAAGGAAGUUCUUAUUGGUGCUAGAUGGUGUUUGGAAUGAGGAGCAAUAUUAUUGGGAGGUGUUACGAGCUCCUUUAAUGGCUGGAGGAAAUGGAAGCAGGGUUUUGGUAACUACUAGGAGCGAAUUGGUCUCAAGGAACAUGCGCACAUUGCCUCCAAUCCAUUUGAAUGGUCUUGAGGAGGAGCACUGCUGGUCGUUGUUCCAGGACCUAGCAUUCGAGCGAGGAGCUUGGGAUCGGCACCGGAACUUGGCGGAGAUCGGUAGGAAGAUAGUGAAGAAGUGUCAGGGAUCACCUCUAGCAGUCAGGUCGAUCGGCGGCCUCUUGUACAAUAAGACAGAUGAAGAGGAGUGGAAAAGUGUAUUAAGUGAUCUGCCAGAUCCAGAUGAUGAUGCCUACAAGAUCCUACUGACUUUGAAGGUGAGUUAUGAUCAUUUGCCAUUACAUCUGAAGCAGUCUUUUGCUUUCUGUUCUAUAUUUCCCAAUGGUUAUGAGUUUGAUCGAGAUGAAUUAGUCAAGUUGUGGAUCGCAGUUGGUCUUGUUAAGCCUCGGGGAAUGAGGUCAUUGGAGAAUAUUGGUGGUAAGUACUUUGACUAUCUCUUAUGGAGGUCAUUUUUCCAUAUAUCUAGCAGCAGCAACCAACAAUCAAAACUGAAAUACAAAAUGCCCGGCUUAAUUCAUGAGCUAGCACAAUCUGUUUCUGAACAUGAAUGUUUGAGAUUUGAGAAUAAUGCAGUACAUGGUGAAUCAGGGAAUUCUCGCUAUGUGGUGUCAUGCCUUCAGAAUAUGGAUCCUAUAGCAUUUCACAAGAUUUAUGAGAACCAAAGCUUAAGAGCAUUUAUAUUGCUUCCUGAAAAUGGUGUGCCCACAAAGCAGGUUCCAUAUGAUCUGUUUCUAAAUUUGAAGCAUUUACGUGCUUUAGAUUUGAGACAGAAUGAAUUAGUUGUAUUACCAGAUGCUAUUGGAAAUCUAAUUCAUCUGCGGUUCCUGAACCUCUAUGGCACACAGAUAGAGAGGUUGCCAGAAUCUGUCAGUAACCUUUACAAUCUGCAGGUACUAGAACUUGGUGAGUGCAACAAGCUUCUAGAAUUACCCAAAGGCAUGAGCAACUUGGUUAAUCUUCGGCAUCUGGGUUUGCAUUUGAACUGGGAUAAGCAUAGAAAUAGAUGGAUUGAUUUGAUUUCCAUGCCACCAGGGAUUGGCCAAUUAACUUUUCUACGAACAUUGUCAAGGUUCAGUGUAUCUGGAGAGAGUGGAUGUGGUUUAGGGCAGUUAAAAGACUUGAAUCUCCGAGGAGAACUAUGUAUCUCAAAACUGGAAAAUGUAGUCGAUGUGAAGGAUGCCAAAGAUGCAAAUUUGAAGAACAAAAAAUACAUUGACUUUCUGAUGCUGAAAUGGAGUGAAAGCACCUGCUCUAACUCGCUGGCUGGAAGUGAAGAAGUAAUCGAAAACCUCCAUCCAAACACCAAUAUCAGAACUUUAUGGAUAGAUAACUACAAUGGAACAUCAUUUCCAAAUUGGCUUCAGGAUCAGUCAUUUUCAAAUUUAGACACAUUGAGACUCUCCAACUGCAGAAGAUGUGGUGUCCUCCCUCUAGUGGGAAAGCUGCCACAACUCAGAAAUCUCUACUUAGAAGGGUUGCCUGAAGUGCAACACAUGGGCCGUGUGGUUCCCGGUAAUGGCAAUACUAUGGGUUUUCCCUUGCUUGAGAUGUUGUUUAUAUCAAACAUGCAUAAAUUGGAGAGUUGGUAUGAAGUAAUACAGGGUGAAAUGGCUUGCCUCAAAAAACUUGUCAUCUCAGAUUGCCCCAAUAUAAAAGAACUUUCCCACCUACCAUGUUCUCUUGAAUAUUUUGAGAUGGGAAACUGCCAAAAACUGUUGUCUCUUCCUAUGCUUCCACAGCUUCACGAGUUGGUGAUCAAAGGAGGCACUGGGGAAAUAAUCAGGUGGAUCCGUCAGCUCCCUUCUCUGUCCUCGCUGACUGUUUCUCAAUUGUCUCGUGUUAAAUCUGUACCCAGAGGUUAUCUUCAUAACUUGAAAAUUCUUAGAGAACUGAAGAUUGAAGGAUGUGAUAAGCUUGAGUCACUGGCCUUGCAAGAUCUUGCUUCUCUUGAAUUUUUAGAGGUAUCAUCAUGCCGAAAACUAUCAUCCUUUGCUGAGGGGGGACUGCCUGCAACACUAAAAGAAUUUCGACUUCGUUUUUGUGACGAUCUCAAAUCCCUGCCAACCCGAAUGCAUUUGUUACCCUCUCUUAAUCAUAUGGAAAUUCGCAAUGUUCCAAUGCUCACAUCAUUACCGACAGAAGGAUUAUCUUACUCUCUGAAAUAUCUAGCUAUCAGUGGAUGCGCAUUGCUGCAACAACGUUGCGAAAGAAAUGGUGCUGAUUGGCCUAAAAUACAGCAUAUUCCUUUAAGAGAAAUUGGUGAUAGGUCUUCGAGUUGAACUAUCUGAGCGGUCAGUUCUGCACUCACAUUCAAAAUAGGAUGUUGGUUUGGAAGUAUAAGUGAUAAGUUGAGACGAAAAUCUAUUAUUUCCAUUUUUUUUUGAUAUAUUUUUGUUUCCUUUCCAUUCUCUUAGUUCAAAUGCAUUGUCGUGAAUUUUGUUACGUAAGGUUUAUGUAUCUUAUUAGUUUAUGUAAGCUGUCAUGAGAUUGUCUUGCUGACUCCUUACUGCUAUGCUAGAAUGAAGGUAUGUUGCAUCUGUUACGCAAA